AUGCCACGGCUUUUUAAUAUAUUAAUUUUUAUGGGAUUUUUAAUGGCCAUCCACACCCAUAUGACGUUUACCAAUAUAAAAUGUGGCACAAAAGACGCCAAGUUUGCACAUUUCAAAAGCUGCUAUAUUAAAGCUGUAAACCGUACUCAUAAGUACGUGGAUAUUUAUGUAAAUCUGUAUAAGUUACCGAUCGAUAAUGUAACAAUUACGUUUAAGGUUAUGCGUCAUGACCACGGCUAUAAACCAUUUUUCAUAGACUAUACCUUCGAUGGAUGCAAGUUCCUUAGAAAUCAAAAACACCCGAUUUUAAAGCUGUUUUAUAAAAUUUACCAGGGCAGUUCCAACAUCAAUCACACAUGUCCGUUCGACCACGACUUAAUUGUGGAUCAUCUCUGGACGGGAAAUAUAGAAUCGGAUUUCUUGAAAUACAUGCCAAUGAUAAAUGGCGACUAUGCGCUAUUUAGCAAUUGGUCGACUGAUAAUAUUAUUCGGGCAUAUGUGAACUUAUACUUGAGAAUUACGGAAAGGUAUAACUAA